AUGAAUGUGAAUAACGCGAUCAGUGCCAGUAAUGCAGUAAGUGUCACUAACGCGGUCAGUGCUUGUGCGAGCAGUGCGACGGUCCUACGCGCGACACUCAGCGCGAGAUCGACCCGGUGUUGCGUAUCUGUCGCUUCCGGGCGAGGGAGUAGCAGAAGAUCAGGGGAAGGAUCUGAAGCAGAGUUAGGUGACGAUAGUUCGGUAUCCAGGCGUGCGUAUAAAGGGGAUGAGACAGAGGGGUUCGAUGAAAUCGACGGUGAGGAUUGGGUGGACGGCGACGCGACGGCCGGCGACGAUGGCUGGCUGGAAGACGGCCGUGUGUCGGCGCCAUCAGAUAUACUCGAUAAGAGCAGCAGCAGUAACGCGAACAGCAGCAGCAGCAGCAGCAGCAGCAGCAGCAGCAGCAGCAGCACGGUUACGUCUAACCGCCAGUCGUGGUUGGCGGAGGGUGAAGGCGGGUCGGCGCCAGGGGGAGAGGGAGCCCCCGAAGGACCGCUGGGGGGGAAGCUGGGGAACGUGGAGCAGAAGGAGCUCCGCGCUUAUGCGCACCGCAUGGGUAGCCGGAUAAGCACGCACCAGAUUGGCAAGUGGGGAGUGACGUCUACCCUCAUCACGUCCUUGCAUGAUGGCCUGGAGAAGCACGAACUGCUCAAGAUAAAAAUGUCUGACAACUGCCCGGAUGAGGCAUGGGAGGUAGGGCAGGUCCUGGAGGAGAAGCUAGCAGCGCAGGUGUUCCUCACAUGCUUCAACCAAUCCCCGCACGCGACGCUAGGCGAUUCGCCGCCAGGUUCGCCGGCGACUGCCGUCGCCGCCGAGCGGCCGCUGUGCGACGACUCGACCGCGUCGCCCGCGGAUGUGCGACAAGGGGACGGAGCCGUGAGCACGAUCGCGGCUCAGAUGCACAGCAAUCCUGCCGUCGCAGCGGUUCCAGGCACGACAACCGUUCGCGCUACUGAUGCAAGUAGCAAUCCUAGUACCCGUACUGUCAGAAUGGACGAACCGCUACUAUAUUUCAGAGAGUAUGACGUGGAUUGGAUCACUGCUGCCACGUGGCAGUUCUCGAAGCGUCGUAUCGUCAGCCAGGGAUGGGAUUCCACAGUGUUUUCCAUACCUGGGCAAAGGGUAGCGGGCUACGAAGGGGGCUCGGCGGGAGGUUCGGCAGGAGGGUCGGUGGGAGGGUCAAACGGCUUGAGGGUGAAGCGGUUUGGCGGGCAAGGCUGUUCGCUGUCGAAGGAAGCCGAAGCUGCCUUCCAGGAACACGCACGUGCUCUCUCACGCCUCUCCCACCCCUCCCUCUUCCCCCUCGUAGGCUACUCCCCCUCCCCCAUGCCCUCUCUCCUCUUCCAAUCCGCCCCCGGCCCAGCUCACCCUCACGAAGCUACCAGUGCAAGGAGUGGGAGGGAUGCCACUGCCAGUGGUAGUAGUGGUAGAGAUGAUGUUGCUAGUGGGAGAACCGAGGCUGCUCUAGGCCGGGAUGAAAGCGCCUUUCUUGUUCCUCCAAGGCCUAUUGGUAGAGUCUCUGCUGACCUGCUUGCUGCUGCUGCAGUCCUAGCAGCUACCACCACUCAGGAGAGCAACGACGAGGAGAGGAAUGAUGGCAAGGAUGGUGAGAAGGAUGGUGGCAAUAGUGGGGCAAGUGAUGACAGUGAUGGUGAUAAUGACGAUGCUGGCAGCAGCAGCAGUGGUGAUGAUGGUGGUGAAGGUGGUGGUGGUGGUGGUGCAGCAGAUUCACACCGCCUCUCCCCCUCCCGCUGCUGGCCCCACCUACCCACUCCCUCCCUCUCUCGCUCCAUCACUCGCUCCUUCACUCGCUCCUCCCAAAGCACUAGAGCUUCAGAGCAAGCAGCAGCUUCCAGUCCAUCGCUCCCCGACCCUACCACCACAUCCCCCACCACCCUUGCCGAAGCUGGCCCGUCAGGCUCGGACCGAACCUCCGUUCCAGGCUCGGAAGGCGUGGAAGAGGCUUGGAAGGGCAUUAACAAAAGGAUGGAGGGGUGGGAGGCGCGGUUAGACGUGCUUGUGCAAGUGGCAGGGGGGUUGGCAUACCUGCACCGGCAGGGGAUGGUGCAUGGGUCCCUGGGACCUGCUAAUGUGCUGCUGUGGGAGAAGCGCUUAGGGUUGAGAGACGGGUGGGUGGAUAGAGGUGGGUCUGAGAGGUUGAGCGGGGGUGCGCAUGAGGCGGUGGAACGGGUGCCAACUGGAGGGGCAGCGGCAGUUGGAGUAGCAGCAGCGGAGGGGCCAGUGGAAGCAGCAGCAGUGGCAGCAAGAGGGGGAGGGGGUGGCGUGAGCUUGGCAGCGGAGGGAGGGGCGUUUGUCCAGGGAAUGAGAGAGGGAGGUUCGUCCGUAGCAGGCGCAGGCGCGACAGAGAGCUUGUCGUCCCUGUCAGGAGCAGCACAAAGCAGCUCCUUGCUGCCUGGAAGGGCAGAGAGAGGCACCCCCUACAUGCCAGGCGUCACCGAGAGAGGCAUUGCGGGAGGAGCAGAUAGAGGAGCAGAGAGAGGAGCAGAGAGAGGAGCAGAGAGAGCAGCAGGCGUAAAAAGGACCUCCGUGAUGCCUGGAGUGAACAUCAGCGCACUGGUAGCCUCGGCCCCGCUAGAUGCAGACCCAGUGACGCUCUUCACAGCAGCCACGGGCAUACCCACUGACCGGCCCUGCAUGCUGCCCCUCAACAGCAGUCCGUUCCGAGUGGCCAGCGGGCUGCUGGCUGUGAUUGCGGAUUACGGCCUGCCCACGGAGCUGAGGCUCAGGGCGCUCUUCCCUGCGAGGAAUGCAUGGGCUUAUGCAAGCGGCGCCGGUUCGAUGUACCUGGACCCGUCUCUCAGCCGCCUAGGUCCCUUCCACCCAUCCAACGACAUCUUCCCCCUGGGAAAGCUCAUACAGCACCUGCUGCUCCCUCUCAUACAGGGCGUAUCUCCCGUUCUGUCACCAUCCGACGCCCCUGGACCAAACUUCAUGUCGCAGUGGCGGUCUCUUGCCGCUCCAUUCAUUGGUACAGCAGGCAGCAGCAGAACGGGCGGCGGCGGCCGCAAUACCAGCACACCGAGUGGUGGUGCUGGUGCUGCUGCUGGUAGUGGUGGUGGUGGUGCUGGUGAUAUUGGUGGUGGCAGUGUGGUGGGUUACUCUGGAAGGUACGCACUCAACGUUCUGCCUGCACGCCAAAGCCCCAUUCCCACCACCACCUCUGCAUCCUCUGAACCUGCUGCCUCCACCUCCCGACCCGCGCCGUUAUUCUCUCGAAGUGAGAGCUAUGCUUCGGAUGAGACAGAGGACCUUCCCACCCCCAGUGUGGAUGGGGCAUCAAGCAGCACUCCAACAGCAGCAGAUGCAGAACCAGCAGCACCAGAGGAGGAUCAGCACUCCAAAGGCGAGCCUUCGGGGUUUCAACUGGAGUGUGUGAAGAAUCUAGUGUUGUGGUGUACACAUGCGGAUCCGUCGUACCGGCCGACUGCCAUUGUGGUGGAGCAGGCACUAAGGAGUAUAGCGGCGACGCGGAGUGUGGAGGAGAUUGGGCACAGGCAGGUGCUGCUGGCACGGCUGAGCAACCUUACUCCACUCGUGCAUGUAGGGGCAAGUGAAAUGAGCGAAGGCAGCCAGCAGCACAUGGAGUGGUUGCUCAGCGGCUAA